AUGGAUGCGGCUGAUGUUGCUCCCGAAGGCUUCAGCAAGGACCAGCCGAAGGCCAAACUGACGGCUGACAUAGUGGCAAUGAAGAGUCGGAAGAAGCUGGUCCAAAGAAAGGCGCUCCAAGAUCUUUCCGACCGCCUGCAGAAGAUUCAGGAAUAUGUGAGUUACUUAAGGGAAGCAUUGUAA